AUGACGCGCGCGCGGACCAUCGUGGAGACGCUCGAGCGCGCGCGCGCGGCGUGGAGGUCGUGCGGACGAUCGGGAGGGGUGGGCGGACGCGCGCGCGGGACGACGGCGCGCGGCGUCCGGGACGGCGCGCGAGAACUCUCGACGACCGGUGGCGCCCGGGGGACGGGGGUGGGAUGGCUCGGGAGGUGUGGUGAUCACGCGUGGGCGUCGUGGAGGCUCGGGGUCGCGUCGAGGGCUGGAUUUAAGACGUCCGCGAGCUCGAGCGCCAAGGGGCGGAAUUAUUACGAAGUGCUCGGCGUCGACCGGGGGGCGAGCGCGGGGGAGAUAAAGAAGGCGUACUACGCGCUGGCGAAGAAGUAUCAUCCGGAUACGAAUAAGGGUGACGCCGAGACGGAGAAGGCGUUUCAAGAGGUGCAAAAAGCGUACGAGGUGCUGCGGGACGCGAAGACGCGGAGCACGUACGACCAAGUCGGGCACGGGAAUUACGAGAGCAUGGAGAGCGGCGGCGGUGGACCGGGCGGAGGUUUCAGUGGGUUCCAAGAUUUUGGCGGUCAGGGUGGAUUCGGCGGAUUCUAUCAAGCCGGAGGUGGCUCGAGCGGUGGGUUCGACCCGUUCGAGGAAGUGCUGCAAGAUUUUUUCGGCGGCCGAGGCGGCGCCCGCGACAUCCAGGCGACGAUUGAAAUCACCCUCGAUGACGUCCGACGCGGUGCGAGUCGAGAGAUAAAUAUUCCCGAAACGGUGAUUCAGGUUCGAGGAAAGCGAGAAACGCAAGCGGCGCGGGACGUGAAGGUUGAUAUCCCGAGAGGAGUCGAGGAUGGCCAGCGCCUUCGCGUCGCGGGCGAGGGCAUUCGAGGCGUGAACGGACGCGCGGGCAGUCUCUACAUCAACGUGCAAGUCCGUCCUGAUCCGAGAUUCAGACGGGUUGGGGCUGAUCUCGUGACCCUCGUCGAGAUUCCCUUCUACACCGCCGCCCUUGGAGGUGUCACCAAGGCACCAACGAUGGACGGAGACGUAGAGGUGAAAGUGCGGAAGACAACGCAGCACGGCGAUCAAUUGCGACUGCGCGGACGAGGUCUUCCCGUCCUCGGCACGGCGCUCAUGGGCGAUCUAUUCGUUCGAUUUAGCGUGUCCACGCCCGCGAAUCUCAACGAGCGCCAGAGAGAGCUCCUCAACGAGUUCGCCGAGGAAGAGAACAAGAAGAACGCCACACCCGUGCCGAGUGAGGAAAAAGAUAGCAAAGAGGCGUGA